AUGGCUAGCUUCAUUGCCAAACAACUUAUAGGAAAUCAGCUCGAAUCGGUUAAAGGUAAGUCAAAGCUGGAAGCGGGCAAUCUCAAAUUUGUCCUCUAACAUAUUUAAAAUGUUUCCUCCCGUGCCUUAGUUAGUAUAAGUUGGUUUUUGAAGACCUACUUGUUUGCUUGCAAUAAAAGAGCUUACUAAAUAUCUAAAACAGAUUUACGGAAGAAGUCAGUUAAGUCAGUUAUGCUGAUAGUUGUACUAAAUCUUCUGAUAAUUUAGAACAAGAAAAACAACAACAUUUUCUUACUCCUGAUACAUUUAAAUGCAUAUUAUUUAGUAAUCUAUGUCCUGACCACUGAAAUGUAACAUGCAUUGAAUGCUUUUACUACCGGAAGUUCAAAAUCGUUUAAAUUCUUUUCGUCGAAAUGACAAAGAAUAGUUGACGGUUGCAAAUAUAGACUAAUUUGCCGAUAGGUUUAUUACCCCCAUACCGACAUAAUUUGGGCCUUAUUUAAAGGAACAACAAGCAUUAAUCAGUGUUCACGUUAGUGACCGUUGUACGUUGACCCUGCGCCUGCGAAUAUACAAAUUAAUUUUGCUUGCACAGCCUGAAGCGUUUAUAUUAUAUGAUCCUUCCAUUAAACUUCUGAAAAGGAGCCCUUGGAGAUAAAAAGGAUGAGGGGGGAUCUUCGGGAGCAAAGCAACUUGAUCCCGAAGUAGAGGAGGCAUUGCGAGAGGCUGAACAACGACGCCAAGAAAAACAUCGAAAAAUGGAAGAGGAGCGCGAAGUAAUGCGUCAAGACAUACGAGACAAGGUGAGAUUUCAAAAACUUACUAAAAGCAAACAAAUGCCCACUAUAUCUGCAUAUAAUUUUCUCGCUUACAGCACUCCCCCAUCUUAAGCUGAGCAGUUAAAUAAAAUGGAUGGAACCACAUGUAUAUCCCUCACCUUUUUUUACCAGCAAAGCCCGCUUCUUUAUCUAUUGGAGCCUGUUUUUGGGCUUUGAACACCUCUCAUUACAAACGCCUGACGAAAGUGAGCAAUAAUUCAGCUUUUAGUCCACUAACGAUUCGAAUUUAUGCUAUUUAGGGAAAGUGUUCUUAUUUGUCUGCUUUGAUAACACAGAUGCUGUUAACUUAGAUGAGGAGCGGUUUAGACAAAAUAAAUCCGCCCGUCUCUAAGACUCAGGUCUCAAAGAUGAAAAUUUCUAAAAUUUCAACACGAGCGGAGGAUUUUGAUUUUUUAAAAUGUGGAGCAGUGAGCGAAAAAAUAUUUAACUAAACGCAGCUGCAAGUGGCAAGUCUUAGGAAUUUCUGACGGAUAUUUUUUCCGAAAUGCAGCGCAUUCUGUCCAAUCCGCCUGAAAAACACGUGACAGUGAUUCCUGAAAAGCCCUUUUUGUACUAUUAUGUUUGAAUUUUAUAUAUAUAUAUAUAUUUAUAUUUUCUCAUAUCUAUGUUGCAACAUGGUAUUUAAAGUACGGAAUAAAAAAGAAGGAGGAAGAAAUAAAUUUUGACGAAAUAAUGAUGUGCAAUGAGGGGAGGCUUGGAAGAAAACGCAAAACACCGGCUGAACUGGCAGCAGAAGCAGACAAAGCAGCGGAGGGCGAGGACUCGAUAUUAGGUAAGCUUACUGACGGUAUAUUCGAACUGGAACAUUAAAUCAGAUUCUACUUUCACGCCAGGAUUCCUAACUUUGCAAGUGUUCUCUUUCUUUGUCCUUUAUACGAAACGAAAACCUUGCAUGCAACCACCAAACAGUAAACUAGCGCAAAGGCGGAAGAGACUGUGAAUUCCUCAUGACUUUCACUCAGAUUCUAAUUAAUUGUACGUCUCACGGUGGCUUGCAUAACUUGCGAAACAUACGUCUUUAAAAACCCAGGUUCACACGACAAUACAGUCGGAGGUGGACUUAGUUUAAUCAAGGAUUAGCGGGGAGGAGACCGCGAGGAAUGUGGGUAAACUGUUACCAAACUGUUUUGGGCUUAUUCUGUCAUGACUCAUCCAGUCAUAAAUCUAACCACCAAUUGGGACCUAAAUAAAAUGAUCUAUAGAGGGAGUCUAUCAGAUGAAACGUCGCACUUUUUCAAAAAAAAAACGUAAUUAAUACCUCGGCACCCACCAAAUUUCCUCACUGCAGAUCGACUAUUUAUUCAGUGAUAAUGGACACACAAGGUGACCUAAAUUUGCUAUCAUAUCUUGAUUUGCUGGAGACACGUCUGCUUAUGAACUGAUUUAUACAAAGGGAGUUAGGCACCUUACCAUGCCCUCUAUGGACAUUGUUUACAGUUAACAAAUUUAGAUCUCUAAUGGUAUUACGUAGUUUAGCUGCUUGAAAUGUCUAAGAUUGUUGUCAAAAGCUGAAAGACAAUUGCCUUUUGCAAGUUGUAACUGGUGUACACGUGUGUUUUUGAUGUUACCUGAUGAAAUAACAUGCAAAGAUGUGAAUUAGUGAAUUUUCACAGUUAUAAUAAUUUCGAAGUAGAAGCCAGCAAACUUUUGGAUUUGGUGUCUGGUUAUUAAAACAAGUCUUUGUGAAUGAAUGAUUCAGGCGUAUUUCUGUCCCCUGCCAUUGAAGGAAUGUAUAGGCGCAGAUAUAAACUAUUUAGGCCGUUUACAAGAGCCGUGACAUUUCUGCAUCGAUGAAGAAGUCGAUCCAACCGCUUUCCAAUAAGUUACAUAAUGCGUAGAUUCCCGGUAAGCUUAUUCUUGGAUGUGAAUCGUUUUCUUUGCUUAGAUGUCGCCGUGCAUCUAAGAAGCGUUUAACAUGUACUACUGUAAAACCUCUAAUUUUGUAUUGAAAAAUUAGUUGUUUUUUGUAUUACCACUAGAAAACAGUCAACAGGUGUUUCAAUUACACGAAGUAAGUAAGUGUAAGUUAGUAAGUGCGAUCAUCGUUUAUGCUCUUUGGUGGCAAUUUUAAAGUGUGGAAAUAGAAUGUCCUUUUUAAUAUUGAUCCGUCAUCGGGCAAAGCCCUAUCACCUUAAACGUUGUUCAAGAGUACGAAUAACUAAAUGGACUACUAUUCGCCUGGUUAAUAUAUAUUUGCAAAGCAAGCUACAGCAAAAGGAUGUUGGGUAUAUUUGCAGACAUGAAAUCUUCUCAUUGUGCACAUGUUGAUCUAUGUUCCAUUUAGUUUGUGAAAAUGGCGUUUUACAAUUCAAUUAUUACAUUGUGUACCCAAUUUGCGAUCUACAUUUAAAUAUGCAUAUGUUUUGUCAAGCAAUUAGAAAAUUUAUGGCAUAUUUGGUUCAAACUAAGGAAUGCGAAGUCACAACAAUAAACCAUAUAAGCAGAAAAAGGGUGAAAUAUGGUGAGAGGUGCACAACUAAAUGGCAUAAGUGGCCAGCACUUUAAAGGAGGCUAAUAAAUAUCUCGUCAAACUCUUCCACCUUGAGGUUGGUUGUCUCUGAAUGACAAAUGGGUUUAGCGUAAACGUUGCUUUUAAAUGUUUGUAAGCAGUGUUGUUUACAACACGUACAAGCAUUAUUUGUCGAUGGGUACCUGCAGGCAAGUGCACAUGCCUUGUAGUCAGAACUGUAGUUAGUUACUGGAGUCGAAAAAGUUAGAAAAAUUGUAUAUUUGUCUUCUCCCUAUACGGCUGAAUUAUUAACUGCUAAAAUCUGUUGGUUAAGGGGACUAUAAAUGUUUGGUGUUUAAAACGGAAGAAAAUUCAACAUUUUCGCUCGGCAGACCUCCUCUUUUACUAUGCAAGGCAACACAAUGUUAGGUUGAUUGAUUGCGAGGACAAAGUUACGUUUUUGUAAACAUGCGUUUCAUGCUGAACUAACUCUGAAAAACUCGAUGACCUCGGUGAGAUCCGAACCCACGAACUACAGUCAACGCUCUAGUCGCCUGAGCUACGAAGCCCAACGGAAAGCCAUGAGUAGAAUAACAUAUGCAUCAAGUUGUCCGCCCAGCCUAACAAAACGCCCCGAAUUAACCAAAACUGAUACAAAAAUGUGACUGCUCAAUCAGCAUUUUCGAAGUAGUAGUAUGCAUUUGUAAAUUAAGCGAACAGAUCUUACCCAUAUCUUUUCAAACAUCUAGGCUUUCUCCCAGAAAACGUCCGUGGAAUCGCCAACAAAGUCACCGAAACUCCGUCAAAGCUUAUAACAGAGGCCUCGGAGAAAUGUUCAAUAUCCUGA